AUGGGCUGGCAAUCGAGCCCUGGCCGGCUUGCCUUAGCUGCAGCCGGCCUCUUGGGCCUUGUCAAUGGGCAGGCCUACUUCGGAAGCUUCCAGACUACGAUAGACAAAUGUGGUGCCGAUAACUUUGUCUAUCUCAGCUGUUACGGCAACUUCGAAGACAUUACCCGCGACUUUCACUUCGGUCCACAUGGAUUCUCACGUCUUGACCCCUCGAGAAGUUUCCCCGGAUGGGACCCCGGCUCCUAUUGGGACUCUACGCAGACUCCUCUUGACUGCGCGCGCACCUGCAGAGCUUUUGGCUACAAGUACUCGGCCAUGAGGGACAAUAACUGUAACUGCGGCCUGCAGCUCCCGGCUGCUGCUGUCCCGAACACUGAUAACUCGGCUUGCGAUAGGCCGUGCAAUGGCGAUCUCUUCAACUGGGACUGA